CAAAAAUAUUAUUAUUAUUCUACAACUAAUUUCUUAAUUAAUUUGACUUUUCUCAUUCAUUUGCUUUCCUCCAAAUCGGACAUAUUUUCAUUUUCUGGAGGGUGUGGGAACAAUUAAGUUGGUGGGUUACCAUUUGUCGGUUUGGAAUAACUCAAAUCUUUCUGGCUCGGACCGGCCAGAUUACAAAGUGGCUUGCGUCCAAGAGGUUGUAGGCUCUACUUGUUGUGCUGUAUGGAGACUUUUGAGGAUUUUAUAAUUUGACUGACUAAAACUAUUUGACAUAGUGCAAAAACGACUAGUUACCCUCUAACUCUUACUUUUUGUUUCAACGAUUAAUAAUACACCCAAGCACGUUUAGAACACAACAAGAUAAGAAAGAUGUUGGCUCACAUGGAACUCCUUCGCAAAGUGCCCAAUUUUCCAAACUACACAUCCAAACUCUGGGGUUACCCAGAGAGGACUUUGGACCAAGGUGAGGCGUCGCUCGUUGUGCUUGGACCCCCACUUCAUCUCUACCACUCACUUCCAUCAAAGAACUGCACGGUCCACGUUUCAGGAAUUCCUGAUUGGUGCUCAAUGGGAAACGUUGCUGAUAUCUUUUCUGACUUUGGAAAGAUUUUUAGCAUUGAACUGUCGGUAAAGAUGGACAUGAAGACAAGGAAACCAAAGUGCAAUGGAUGGGCAUUGGUGACAUUUUGUGGAUAUGACGCUGCUCAAAAGGCAUGUUUCGCUCAUUUGAAUCGCAGAAUUCCCGGAACUGCCAAUCCGCUUUCAAUUUAUAAAGGAAUCGUCAACAACGUGGUGCUUUUAAAGAAUCUCCCGUCUACCAUGGCAAAAGCUCAGAUAAUCAUGAAUAUCAGCGAAUAUCCGGGUGUUGUAAGCAUCGGGUUUGUGGGAGGUACGACAUCCCGCAUUAUUUUCGAGGAUUUGGACUACGCUCUUUUGUUCAUGGAUUUAGUUUCUGGUGGUGGUGUUGUAAUGGAGGGCUUUACUUGCACCGUGGAACCCGAGGACAAGGACGAACUACUUGACGAGGAUAGUGCCUGAGGAUAAAAAAAGGCCAACGAUAAUGCGUAUUAUUUUUCUGACAACAUUAUCACAACCAGACUACAGCAACAAAGCUGUUCUAUAUAGACAAAUUUAAAGCAUAAAACUUUUCAUUCAUUCAUCAAACUGAUUGGAACAACCACAAACCAUAUACUUAACUGUCACCACUCAACAUCCAGUAUCUACUGAUUUUAUUCUUACUUUAAAUUUUAACAACAAAGAUGCUGCAUUUUGAAUCAGCAGUUUCUGGUCAUAAAAGUAUCCAAUCAAAAAAUAACCCAUUGUAAUUCGAGUUUCGUUUUAAAUGUUUGAGACUGAUAAUAUGCCAUUGAUUGACACAGACUUGUUGGUUGUUCAAUAUUAUUGAACUCUUUGACUUUUGAUGCCUUACAAAACAUAUUGAAUCUUUCACAGCUCUCUCUAAAAGUAAAUUUAUUUUGAAACCAAACAAGUCGAUUUUCUAAAUAAGUAAACUUUCCUGCAAACUUCAAAAUAAUAAACCAUGAAAAAUGGGACGAUAUAGACGCACAACUAUUUUGUUGUGAGCUUCAAAAUAUGUUGCCUUAAAAAUUGACAACUUUCGCUCUCGAUUGAGUGAUUUUUCUUAUAGGCUGUAUCCCAUCUUCUUGCGAAUCAAUUAGAUUUUAAUGGUGUAACUUUUUGCCAUGUCAUUCGAGUAUUCUACAUAUUCUCGAAAUAUAGAUUGUACACGUAAUACCGUAUUACUAGUCUUCACAAGCCUGAAUAUUUGAUCUACAAACAAAAGUACACAACGAGAUGUUUCGUCGUCGUAUUGUAAAAACCAAUUAUAACUUCAUCAAGUUUCUUUGUCAAAUUUAAAAUUAAUAAUGGUCUUCAAAUUGAUUCAAGUAUUUCAAAAUUUUUAGCGUUUUAUUUUCUGAAAGGAAGCAAAAAGAAGUAAUUGUUGGUACCUAUAUAUUAUUGUACUUGUUCAUGCCAGCUAUUUGCAUAGUAGGACAAGUAAUGCAUUUAUUAGUUUGUUUCACAUACAACACACAGGAACUCAUUUUUCAACAUUGAUUCUCAUUUGCAAGUCAUUACCAUAAAUAAACUGAGAGAGAAGAGUGGUCAUAUUUGCGUGUACUUCCAAAUGUAUUUUAUUAGAAGUAAAUUUAGUUUUUAAUAAUUUUAACUGCUCGUAAAAGCAAUAAGAGUAUUUAAACCACGUAGUUAAUAAUUAAUUUAUAAGAGUAAUAAUAAUCAAUCCAUGUAUAUUAUCGACAUAUCUGUGAGUCGCAAUGAUAACCACUGUACUGUGAUGUAUUUAAUUCAGCAAUUUGCUAUAAAUGAACAAACAAAUAUUAAGCUUUCGCAACAACCUUCUUGAUAUAGGAUAAUAUAAAUUUAGUAAAAGUACGCAUGUUAAUUUAAAUAAUAUCAUGAUAAAACGCACCUGAAAAAUGUAGAAACUCAAACAAACCCUUAUUUAGAGAAUACACUCGAAUCGAUUAUUGAAGAUUAUUUUAAGUAAAUCACAGGUCGAUGACGAAGAAAAACUGUGCUGUAUUGUAACUCAUAAUCACUGAUGAUAAUUGCUAACAUGGCUGCUGCGAUGUGUACUUACUUGUCCAAGCUAAGUGUGCUAUUUUUUAGUGCUCAAGUAAUAAUUACCCAAAAAAGUGUAGAUUUAAGACUCGAUUCCGUCGCCAUCACCGUCGUAAUGUGCCAACAAAUGAAAAUGCUAUCAGCCAAUUUGCUUAUUACAAUAAUAACAAUAUGUAGGUCGUGUAUUGUACAAUAAUGAAUGGGAUAUCAAUAAAGUUAGUAAAAACCAAAUA